GUACUUUAACUUUAUCUCCUACACACAGAUGUUCUGUUCAUUGUGCUGCAUGGAAAAGAUUUACAAUUACAUCCUAGUUGACAAUGCAUCAUGAUUUCUGAAUUAAUUCUAUUCACCUUAACAUGUCUGUCAAUGAACACAAAAACGUAAUGACAUCUAGGACGAUAUUAAAAUGCAAACUGUUCGGAAUAUAAAGUUGAUAUUCAAACUAAUCGCCCUGUUCAUCCAAGUCGCUUGUUUACAAAGUUGUAAGGUUCCGGGUGAAACAUACACAAUCUUUCGUACGAAGAAUUAUUGUCUCACGAUAGGACAAACAAAACAUCCAUGUCUAGAAGCACGAAACUUGUGUUCAAACUUGGGCGGCGAACUGGCGGAUUUUAACGAAAGUCUAACAAUUUUAAAGAAUUCGACAAACGUAGACUAUUGGAUUGCAAAUCUUUCUCAAGUUACGGAUGCCACGAGAAAUAGUCUACAGAACAAAACAGACAAACCAAAUGACAUGUCUCACAGAAGCUCUAUGAACUGUACUACAAAUAAACGAGAACAUUGCGAUGUAGGCCUACAAUUCGUACCGAUCUGCAAAUUUGACUUCAAGAGCGAUUCUGACGGCACAGGCUCUGGCGUUGAUGGCGACUGCACCUAUUUAUGCAAUACACUCAACAAUACAUCAAAGGCAUCUACAACGACAUCCUCUGUUCAAGCGAAUGAUCGGCCUCAAGAGUUUUGUACAUACGUCAAGAGAAGCUCUGGUGCUGAGCUCAACUGUUUCGAUGUAGAUUUAACUCAAUGCGGCAUGGUCCACGUCAAAGAUUCAACCACAGCCAACACGCUGAUGACAGAUACAACGUUUCACCCACAACCUACAAGCUUGCCUCAAGAGGUGUGUGACUGUAGAAAGGAUACCUUACAGUCAACAGACGACAAAGCCUUCCAGGUGGUUGCUAUAGUCUUUGGAUGUCUGCUCUCAAUUUCCUUUGUGGUGAACAUCAUAUUGUACCGAUAUAGAAAGACCUAUAUAUUAAAGUAUCAAAAGGAGACAUUUCAGACGUCAAGGAACGAUAACUCUUCUGUCAACGUGGUAGCAGUGAGUGCAGACGACAAUUACGAAGUAUGUACAUCUGACGAGAGCAGCUCCGGACAAACUCAGAGGCGUGUCAUCGACGUGGUAGAUUGUGGAAAUUAUAGUGAAGUAAAGGACGAGGAGUUAGCCUGUCAUGAUAUCGCCAAUGGUCACAGAGUGGGUGUAGGUUCUGUAAACCCAGCUGACCAGGCGACCUUGUAUACAAUAUUGGACCACAAAGGUUCUCACCUUGUACUUAAGGACCCCUCACAUGUAUACGGUCUAAACAGCGGAAGUGCCCCAUCCCUAGAGAGGCCACAUGACAAUUACGAAGUGUGUGCUUCUGAUGAAAGCUCUUCCAAUAAAUUUCAGAGGCAUGUCAGUGAUAUGGUAGAUAGUGGAAAUUAUAGUGAGGCGAAGGAAGUGGGCCUAGUCGAACGUGGCAUCAGCAAUGGACAAGAAGUGUGUGGGGGUGAAAGUUCUGAUAAUCUGUCUCAGACGGGCACCUAUACAGCACUGAACCACAAAGGUUCUCACCUUGCUCUAAAUGACCCCUCACAUGUAUAUGGUCUUAAUAGCGGUGGUACCCAAUCGUCAUUUGAUGAAUUGUCAAACAAUCAAUAAAGAAAUGAUUUAUUAUGAGAAAACUAUGAAUGUAUACAUAUUUGUUAUGAUAUAAAUCUAACUCAGCAGUUCAAAUGUGUCAAUGUCUCAGUGUCAGUGUCAGUGUGAUAGCGUGUCUCAGUCUCAGUGAUAGCGUGUCUCAGUGUCAGUGAUAGCGUGUCUCAGUGUCAGUGUCAGUGAUAGAGUGUCUAAGUGUCAGUGAUAGCGUGUCUCAGUGUCAGUGAUAGCGUGUCUCAGUCUCAGUGUCAGUGAUAGCGUGUCUCAGUGUCAGUGAUAGCGUGUCUCAGUGUCAGUGUCAGUGAUAGCGUGUCUCAGUGUCAGUGUCAGUGAUAGCGUGUCUUAGUUUUAGUCUUUGUUUAAAAAGACGUUAUUUGCUUUUUUUAAAAAUCUGUAUUCACUUUUUGUUCUGUAUCACAUUUAGCCAAAAAGAGCCAACAACUUAUUCAUCCCAUACCUGAUGUACAAAUAGUCAAAUAAAACUGAAUAGUUUAAAAUUAUCUGUCACUUCCGAAUAGCGGAAACGACAACUGGUUAUUGAAUAUUUUUGUUUAAAAAAUGUGUGCAAGAAAUGUAUGAACGUCGUUAAAUGUUACAAUUAUUGUGUUGUUGUUUAUUUUUGGGAACAACCCAAGCUUAUCAUUACGAUGAGCUAAUAGACAUGGUCUGACACUGCUAGGAUCCAAGUUCUAUUCAAGAAAACAAAACUCAUUGAAGUCUAUAGGCAGUUACCAAUAAGUAUGUUUAAUUAUAUAAUGAUGUGACAUACCGGCCUAUGACUUAGUAACAUGAAUUUUCUUAGGCAUAAUUAGGGGCCCAAGAGUUCGCAAUCGGCAAUUGUUUAGUCGAUACAAAAUAAUUCUAUUUCUUAACCUCCAAAUAUAAUUGUCUAAGAUACUGUAAUGCGUUGUUAUAAUUAUUGUUAAAGUCAUUACCUGGUAAUGAUAAAGUCUAUAUAAAUAAAGAAAAAUUAAAAUAAUUGUGUCGAUAUAACUAUCUGUGGUGGUAGUGAUAGAAGCAGAAGCAUUACUUUGGAACAUUCAUUCAUGUAUGUGUUUUGUCUGCAGAAGUUGCACCUUCCAUCAAGUAGGGCCCUAAUUUUUCAAAUCUAUCUGGUCCUUUUUAAUUAAUGCUACUCUCAGAAACUACUCGUUUUUCUGUCCAUUUACAUUUUUAAACUAAUGUUUGAUAAUGAUUAUGUAAUGUCAUCGUUUAUAAUAAUUAAUCUUGUUGGUUUUAUUGUCAUUAUGUAUCGUUGCUAUUACUAACAAAUACAAUUACAUGCCAUAACACAAUUCUUAUUCAAUAGCCGCUUUUCUAAAGUGACUUAAUUGGAGGUCAUUUAAAUAUUUCAAAUUUUGCAAUAGGAUAUCAGACAAUGAAUGGACGAAUCCACUGAUUAGUACAAAUGACAAUAGAUAUGAUCAGACUGAAUAACUUUAUGCAUAGAUAACAAUAAUUAACAUAUGUUUAAUAUUAUAUACAUUAAAGAUAAGCCCUAAAGUGGAGCUUAAUAACGGCAGUAAUGCUUCUACUUCAUUUGUAAUUAUUAACUAUACUAUUGUUGUUGUUUUUUUGUCUUCUAAAUUUAAAGAAUUAUGAGUCUAACAAUUCUUUUCUUUUUUUUUUUUCAUGUUUUUAGAAAAUUGAUAUCUUUAUGUUAAUUAUUAAAUCUUCCUUAAUUAUUUAAUUUAAAAUGAGUAUUCAUUUAAGUUAGAGGAAUAUGAUAAUACUUUAUUUGUCGAUUUGAAAGUAAGAAUACAAUUUAAAAUACCAUUCAAUAUUUUUUUUUAAUUACUCAUACUUAGCAAUGUUAGCGGCCACCGAAAGGGGAAUAGCCGAUAUUAGAUUUCUGCGAUCUGUCUGUUCGUCCGUCUAUCCCAUUUAAAUCUAAAAAAUAAGAAAAGAUACUGUAAUUCCGAUAUCAUGAUAUUUUAAAUCUUUCAAAGCUCUGAUGAAAAAAAAAACAACUAAUAUUUUCUUUUCUGAAAGUGAAAAGUCUCAUUUUUUAAAUGAACUGUGCAAGCAGGUUUUUUUUUUUCAUUAAAUACACCAUUUUUACAACUAUUCAAUAUUAAUAGUAAAAAAAAAAUAGAAAAAAAAAAGCACAUGACAAUAUAUUGUAAACACAUUUAAUUAUUUUUUUAUAAAUAAUGUUAUAAAUAAAUGUUUAUUUUUAAAUUAAAUAUUUUCUUUAAUUCAAGCAUUUUUUACAACAAAAUGUUUACAUGUAUUUUCAAAGAGAAAGAAUCCAUUGGGUAAGUCGACUAUAAUUGAAAACAACAAAUAAUAAGCAAUGUUUCAUAAGUCACGUGCAAUGUGUUCGUGCGCGCACACACAAACACACACACUCACAUAUAUA